AUGGUCAACAUCCUGCAGUCGAAAAUCGACCCCUUGCCUACCGGCAUUGACCUGACGGAUAAAACCGUCGUUGUUACUGGUGCUAGCGCUGGAAUGGGUCUGGAAACGACCAAACAGCUACUACGACUGCGCGCCUCGACUGUGAUUUUGGCCGUCCGCAAUGUCGCCAAGGGGGAGGCCUGCGCAACUGUCCUCCGCCAGGACCGUCGCAUUCAAGCCCACAAUUCUAACCCGACCAUCAAAGUCAUGGCACUUGACGUGGAUGAUUACGAGAGUGUACAACGUUUCACCAAGCAGCUCCGCGAAGAGAUUCCGGUGGUUCAUGUCCUCAUUCUGAAUGCAGGUAUCGGUCUGCUGAAGCUGGAACGCAGCCCGAGCGGCCAUGACCGAACCACCCAAGUCAAUUACUACUCCAACGUCUUGUUGAUCGCCGAGCUCCUGCCGUAUCUCGAGGCGGGUGCGGAGAAGACUGGCUCUCCUGCACGCAUUAGCUGGGUCGGCAGUCGUGCGCACGAGUCCUCAAGCCUCGAGAAGAAAGUUCCCAUCCAGUCCGGUGAAAGUGUACUUGCGCACAUGGACAAGGAAGAGUUCUUUGUCCCGUUCCAGCGCUAUGGGGACUCGAAGCUACUUUGUGCGUUGUUCAUGUACAGUCUGGCGCCGCGGCUGGAUCCCAAGAAAGUCAUCCUCAACAUGAUGUGUCCAGGCAUGGUGAACACAGGCAUGAGUGAUGUUCUCCCCCUGCAUUUGCGUUUAAUCAUCAAUGUUGUCAAGUCGAUUCGCGCCAGACCUGUUGAGGUGGGCGUCUGGAUUAUCCUGCACAGUGCGCUGGUGGUAGGCCCCGAGUCUCAUGGCAAGUUCUUAGGCGACAAAACCAUCUCUGACAAAACGGCGUUCAUCCAGUCACCGGUGGGCCAGGAGAUUCAGAAGAAACUGUGGGAGGAGACAAUUGCCGAGAUGGGCAGAUUGACGACCCUUCCUGCUGAGUUCAAGUAG